CAGCCUGUGGCCGAGCACAGUAGCUCACGCCUGUAAUCCCAGCACUUUGGAAGGCCGAGGUGGGCGGAUCACCUGAGCUCAGGAGUUUGAGAUCAGCCUGUCUCUACUAACAAUAUAAAAAUUAGCUGGGAGUCACGGUGGGCGCCUGUAAUCCCAGCUACUCGGGAGGCUGAGGCAGGAGAAUUGCUUGAACCCAGGAGACAGAGAUUGUAGUGAGCUGAGAUUGCACCACUGCACUCUAGUCUUGGCGACAGUGCAAGACUGUCUCAAAAACAGCAACAGAAAGCAGGACGUGAGACUUCUACCUGCUCACUCAGAAUCAUUUCUGCACCAACCAUGGCCACGUUUGUGGAGCUCAGUACCAAAGCCAAGAUGCCCAUUGUGGGCCUAGGCACUUGGAAGUCUCCUCUCGGCAAAGUGAAAGAAGCAGUGAAGGUGGCCAUUGAUGCAGGAUAUCGCCACAUUGACUGUGCCUAUGUCUAUCAGAAUGAACAUGAGGUGGGGGAAGCCAUCCAAGAGAAGAUCCAAGAAAAGGCUGUGAAGCGGGAGGACCUGUUCAUCGUCAGCAAGUUGUGGCCCACUUUCUUUGAGAGACCCCUUGUGAGGAAAGCCUUUGAGAAGACCCUCAAGGACCUGAAGCUGAGCUAUCUGGACGUCUAUCUUAUUCACUGGCCACAGGGAUUCAAGUCUGGAGAUGACUUUUUCCCCAAAGAUGAUAAAGGUAAUAUGAUCGGUGGAAAAGCAACGUUCUUGGACGCCUGGGAGGCCAUGGAGGAGCUGGUGGACGAGGGGCUGGUGAAAGCCCUUGGGGUCUCCAAUUUCAACCACUUCCAGAUCGAGAAGCUCUUGAACAAACCUGGACUGAAAUAUAAACCAGUGACUAACCAGGUUGAGUGUCACCCAUACCUCACGCAGGAGAAACUGAUCCAGUACUGCCACUCCAAGGGCAUCACCGUUACGGCCUACAGCCCCCUGGGCUCUCCGGAUAGACCUUGGGCCAAACCAGAAGACCCUUCCCUGCUGGAGGAUCCCAAGAUUAAGGAGAUUGCUGCAAAGCACAGAAAAACCGCAGCCCAGGUUCUGAUCCGUUUCCAUAUCCAGAGGAAUGUGAUUGUGAUCCCCAAGUCUGUGACACCAACUCGGAUUGUUGAGAACAUUCAGGUAAGAUCCUGGCUGGUUGGCCCUGGUAUUCCUCAGUGGAGUGGGGGACAGGCAGACCUUCUCACUAGGCUUCUCACCUCAUCCCUGCGCUGUCUUUGGCUCCCUCCCUUUCCACCACCCUAUCAUUUUCCAGCCCAGGGAGCUAGGCUCAUGAAUGACCCAUGGGCUAAGGACAUCCUGGGGUCAGUGCCUGGUGAAGCCCUAUCAGGUCUGAGCACAGCUGUGCCUCACACCACUGAGAAGACCCUCAGUUGCCCCUGAGCAGCUAGGCCCUGGGCCACACACAAGAGCAGACUGUCCUGGCCUCCCUGCUCACCUCCCAGCAGCAGAGGAGUUACGAGCUGUCCUUGGAGAACUGGCCUCUGGAAGGGCCCAUCAUGGAGCACAGGGCCUGUGCGCACCUGGGGUUUAGUGCCUGUGAGCCUGGUCUCCCUCCCUCCGGAACACUGAGCACUACAAAUACUGUGGUCUUUGUGUAGGACCUAAUUUAGAGAAAAAUUUGUAUACCAUGGACAAAAUGGGAAACACUCCUGUGGCCAGUUUGUGCUGUGAAUGUGAGCUCCUGCCCUGCUAGAAUGGCCGGCAGUCUCCAGCCACAGCAGUAACGGCCUCACCGAUGAUGUGUUGGAACUCCUACCUUUCCAGGUCUUUGACUUUAAACUGAGUGAUGAGGAGAUGGCAACCAUACUCAGCUUCAACAGAAACUGGAGGGCCUGUAAUGUGAAGCCGUAAGUGACAUGGAAUUAACUAGGAGCAUUGCCAGGAUUUUUUAUAAACUGGUAGAGGGUUAGUUGGAAGGAUUAGGAGUCUGCUGGGACUACUUGUAUCUUCAAAUACUGUUUUGGGGCAGUUUGGAAAGUUAAAAUUGGGGUACCUGGGAAUCAUUGUGAGGGACAGAUCUCUAAUGGUUGUUCAUUGUCUGAACUUCUGGAGGUAGAAUUGUAAGAGAAAGUGUGUUAUCAAUAGGCAGGAGGCAGAGCAUUCACUUGUUCAUUCAUUCAAUAAGUAUCUAGUGGUCAUCUAUGUGCCAGGCAUUUUCUAGGUGCUUAGGUUAUCAUACUGUACAAAGCUGCUGCCUGUGCAGACUUAGGGAAGGAGGGAAGAAGAGAGAACAGAAAUAAAUCAACUCAAAAUGUAGAUGUCAGACAGCAACAAAUGCUAGACAGAAAAAUAAAGUAGGGCAAAGUGGAUAGGAAGUGGUGGGUGGUAGUGGGACCGAUCAUUUAUAUGGGAUGGAUCAAGGGAGGCUUUGCUGUGAGGAAUAUGCCAUAUGGAUAUUUUGGGGAAGAGCAUUCUUGGCAGUGAUAGCAGUGGUGCAAAGUCCCUGAGGUGCGAUUGUGUUUAGAGCAUUCAAGCAAGAAGGCCAGGGAGGCUGGAUUAAAUAAUCUCCAAAUGCCUUUUAAAGGAGGUGGUGCUAACUUUACUUAAAAUCUUAGAUAAGUGGUUGAAAAAAAGUUUUCAUGUUGACUAGGUGGGAAUUCUAAAUCAUCUCUUUACAAUCAAUACUUUCUGAUUAACAUAUCUAAUUAAAUAUAUCAAAGAGAGUUGUCUAGCAUUUAUUACUGCCAGGUCUGCAAUUCAAUGACAAUUUGAAUGUCUUCCAAUGUUUCUAUACUCAAAAAUGAUUUUUCAGCUUUUAAAAAUGGUUUCAGUAUCUCGAGCGUUGCUUGCAUGUCAUGAUAUUCCAUAUCUAUCCUGCCCACCCUUAGUAUCAUAGCAGCCUUUCCUCAUCUUACAAUGGCUUACUUUUAUCCGUGCUUAACAAAGUAGCAGCUACUUACAGUAAAAAAAAGAGUGAAAUAAAAUGGGACUCUCCCCCAAACUAAACCGCUUACCUUCCUAUGAGCAUCAUUUCCAUUUGGUGGGCUCAGGAGUCAAUCCACCUGGCCUCAAAUCCAACUCUAAUACUGUUUUCUUAGCUGUGUGACAUUGGGUAAACUUCCUAGUUUUUUGAAGUUGGUAUCUUUGCCUAUAAAGUAGGAUGAUAAUACUAAUCACAGCUAAUAUCCAUUGAAACUUAGCGUAGACUGUGCCAGGGUCCUGAGCCCUUUGCUGGUGCUAUUAUCUCAUUUAAUAUUCAUAACAAUCCCCAAGCUGUCAAUUCUGCUGUUGUUUCCUACCUCAUGCUGUUGUGAGAGUGGAUUGGGACAAGACUUGUCAGUUGCCUCGCCUGACACCAGGCUUACCGUGAGUUGUCAUUCCGAGUUUAUUCUGGUGCCCUGCUCACUGUCUGCCCUCCUUCCUAGCAAAACCCUCAUAUCGAUCUGAGGGAAGGUCGAAGUGUGAGCACCGUUCUUGUGUUCUUGCAGGGAGAAGGCUGAGAGAGCACAAAUACCAUGGAGUCCACCAGAGAAGAAUACCUUCUCAGCCAGAGUUGUUGCUUUGAUGGAACUCAGUUUCUCUGGGUUUUUUUUUUUUUUCUGCAGAUCCUUUCAUUUGGAGGACCAUCCCUUCAAUGCAGAAUAUUGAGGUUGAAUCUCCUGGUGAGAUUACACAGGGGAUUCUCUUUCUUCACUGAAGUGUGACUAUCUCCACUCAAGUCCUAUUUUAGCCAAGCUUAUCGGAGAUCACAGUGAACUUCGUCCUGUUGUAGACCAGAAUCAAGGUGCUGUUUUAGACAUUUAUUUCUGUAUGUUCAACUAGGAUCGGAAUAUCACAGAAAAGCAUGGCCUGAAUAAGCAAAAGACAAUUUUUUCCACUUAUCUGAUCAGAUCAAAUGUUUGCUAAGCACCAGAAACUCUGCCAACACUGAGGCUGUAAAGAUAAAUAAUAAAAAAUAAUGAUUGUAA